UGGGGAGGAGAUGAGCCACUUGGCUUUGGCAGGCAAUCGGAUUGUGGCGGCAACAGACACAGGGCAUAAGUCCCGACUCCCAAGAGCUGUGUGGGCAGAGCCUUUCCAACAGAGUGUGGGUUGAGAGGAGAAGGUCGAUACGCAUUUCAGAAUCGAGUAAGGCGGUGGCCAGUCAGUGAAGGAUUCGAUCGAUACCUGGCCGGAAUCUACACUAUGUGACGAGCCGGGGCCGAAUCUCUCCUCUACGGCUGCAACAUAUCUCGUCCCUCUCCACCGGAGUUUGUGCGACCAUGCAGCGCAAAAGGUGGCAGGCCGCAGGAUAGACUCUUUACACCAGGACAGCCUCCUCAAUUCGGUCUGAGCUGCAGAUGUUUACUUGGAUUGCCAUCUUCCGCCUCCAGUCCUCUCGAGGCGGCUUGAUCACUAACUUUCACGAGCUUGACUGAAGCGCACUACGUCAGUCUCAAAGCUUACAACAUGUCAUCCAUCCACCAUUCUCCAGUAUGCCAUUACUCUCUUAUGAGUUGUGCUCGUAUCACUCCGUACACAUCGAUAGAACGAGCAUCGAAAAAGGGAGCAUCAGGUCAACACAUGCAACAUGACACACCAUCCUCGUUCUUCACCCCACCACCUUCGCUACCUGUCACUGCGGCUUCUCAUGCCGUCCCCAUUCUCUUGGACAACCCUACACAAUACCUUAUCCUGGGCCUGGGAUGGGCCGGCAACACUGAAGACAACCACAACUACGAUGGUAAGGGGGGGGGGGUGAGAAAAUGGGCUUUUUUCUCUUUUUUCUUCUUCCUCAGUCUGCGGUGGGGGAGACAGAGAGCGAGCAGGGAGACGAGUUACGUACCUCGAACAGAGAGGCAGAGUGGGAGAAGAAGAGACAGUGAGAAGAAAAGGUGUGUGCCCCAGAAGCGGCCAGCUCGGAGCCAAGGGGGGAGGGGACCCCGGCGACCAUGGGCCUGCAGUAGGCCCGCAUCCCUUUUUUUGCCUUCGGGUGCGGAUGCUCUCCCACCCCUGCCGGAGGUUUGGUUCUUGGCAAAGACUUUCUCGGGCGACACCCCUUUCCCCUUCCCUUUCCACUCGCAGUAGCCCUUGUCCCUGAAGGCGAAGGUCUUUCGCUAGUAAUGGCUUUGCAGACAGACAGCUUCAAGGUCUCUUUCCGCGGAGGUCCUCCUCUGUAAGCCCUGGCCGUACGGAUACUUAUUCUCCUCUCGUUUUCCCCCUCUCACUCUCUCGGUGUCCGGAGUUCCAACACUGUACCUACAGGCUACGGAUACUGCGUCUGCUGCAGCUGCUGUUGUGCGCUGAAGAAGUGAGAGAUUGAGUACGUGUAGGUGGGC